AGAGACCACGAGAUUUCCAUCGUCCAUAUCACCCUUCUAACCAUCCACUGCCAUCACGAAAAUACCUCUACGUGUUUUCGCAUGAUCAGACCUAUCCGCUGAUACCAAUUUUGGGUCCCCCAUCCCAUGGUCAUCGGCCCAUCGCGCGCCCCAAAGUUCGUAUGACUAGGUACGGGGGUAUGGGGAGGACGCGCCCGAAAAAGCUCACCUCCAAGGCCUCCAUCCCCAUAGUCCGCGAGCAUGAAAUAGAUCUUAUUGAGGACGAAAUCCAAAAUGCCCUGCAACAGAUCGAGACCGGUGUCGAGAAGGCGGAGGAGUCGGAAUUCCAUUUGCAGGUCGCUAUCAGUGCCGCGGCGCAAGGCAAAGUAAAAGAUGCCCACAUUCCGACCCCGGAGACCGUCCUCAGUAACCUCCGAUAUGACGAGCUAUACCCCCCGGUCUUCUCACAGCCAGCGACAUACAUUCGCUUCUCCUCCACCGUGGAGGACUGCUGCGGACCUCCGUACUGCAUGAACGAAGACGAUGAUGUGUUCCUAAAGAAUUUCAACCAAAAGCGCGAUGCCGCCAAUCAAUGCUCAGAGGACAAUUUCGAGGAAGUCAUGAGCUUCUUCGAGUUGACGUCAAGGAAAGAGCAGCCGUAUGCUUGUGUAGAUAACUCUCCGGUCAUGAGCUUCGAAGAAUUCCAGGAGGCGAUGGAUGCAGCCGUAGACGACAGCGUAAAGCGUUUCGCCAAGGACAUAUACGACUACUGGAAGUCGCGACGCGUCAGCGGCGGGAAUGAACCCCUGCUUCCGACGCCAAAGGCUGAAGCUGGUCGGGAAGCUGAUGAUACCGACCCGUAUGUCUGCUUUCGAAGGCGUGAGGUGCGGCAGACCCGCAAGACUCGCGGCAGAGAUGCGCAAAGUGCAGAUAAAUUGCGACGACUCAGAAAGGAACUGGAAGAUGCUCGACAAUUGGUUGCGCUUGUACGUCAGCGUGAGUUGGCGCGCAAGGAGAUGCUUGCCAUCGAACGACAGAUAUUCAUGCAGAGAUCCGAGGUCAAGGAUAUGAAGAGGAAACUCAAUAUCAAAGACGACGACGAGGAUCUCAUCAACCAGAGGCCGAAGAAGAAACCGGUUGAAGCGCCGGCCGUGCAGCGCCCGGCACCUCCGCAGUUGCGCAUGCCUCCCAAGACGGGCACGCAGCCAGCAGAAGACCUGCUGUUGCUGGAAGAUGUCCAGACGGAGAAGGAAAACGAAAUUAUCCGCGACAUCAAACAGAAUAUCACGAAGCACAUCAAGUGGAACGAGGGCUAUGUGGAUUUCACCCGCGCGCCACUGUCCCCAUCGCCUGAACGGACUUAUGAUGCUGCCUUCCGCCCUGCUAUCACCACCCAGUUACCAACGCCACCGUCGUCAGAGUCAUCCGACAAUAUGACGGACUCAGCUAUAGAUACCCGCAGUGCCAUUGCCCUCCAUAAAUUAGGUCCAGAUGCCAUGGAACUGAGUGAGGAUCCGAGCAAAAUGCCCUCGUUCCGGAGACGUAUAGGACGCGGGGGUCGUUUAUUCAUCGAUCGCCGAAAUCUUGCGGCUCGUUGUAGAGUUGAAAUGGAUCCGUGGAAGGCUGAUCGAUUCAAGUACGAUCAGGAAGAUUCAGAUGAGGAGCUCGAAUAUGAGAGAGACCAAUUCGAUAUCCAGAUCAUGCAACAUCGAGCCAUCAUGGCAGCAAAAGCUCGCGAUCAAGCGGCAGCGGCAGCGGUUCAAGCUCAUGCGCAGGCGCAGGCGGCCCAAGCCCAAGCUCAGGCCCAACAAGCUCAACGAAGGUUGCAAGCCGAACAACUCACGGCCAACAACAAUUCACCAAGCGGGGGACAGGCAGGGGGGUCUAAUCCCGGGCCUGGUGCCGCUGUCUCCACGUCUGAGACUUGA